AUGAUAGUCGCCAGCGACCGAUACGCGGCUUACGAGGCCGUGAAAAAGGUAAAGCUACUUUACGAAAAUGGCCCUCGUAAAAGGCCUUUGUUAACGGUGAAGGAUGUACUCGGCAGUAACGACAAGAGCAGGAUCCGCGAAGCCUCGCACGAAGACGCGAGUAAACCUGCCGGGAAGGACUUGAAGCAUACGAUCAAGGAGACGUUCGAAUCCGGAAGCCAGUAUCAUUUUACAAUGGAGCCUCACGUCUGCGUUUGCAUACCUUCGGAGGACGAACUGGAUAUGUUUGUAUCGACGCAGUUCGUCUCUUUUAUUCAGCGCAAUGUGUCGGCUUGCUUGGGGAUAGCGGAAAAUAAAAUCAAUAUCAAAGUACGACGUGUCGGUGGUGCCUAUGGCGGGAAACUGACCCGAUCGUCACAAGUAGCCUAUGCCUGUGCCAUGGUCGCACAGAAAUUCAAACGACCAGCCCGAAUGAACUUGACUAUCGAGGACAUGAUGCGGUCGUUGGGUAAACGGGGCUCGACUUACAGCGAAUACGAGGUAGGGGUCGAUGAUCUCGAUAAGAUCCAGUACCUCGAUUGGAACCACUGGAGUUUGACUGUGAACAAUGUCAUCACUGAUUUGCCAUGUAGUACCUGGUGUCGAGCACCUGGAUCAACCGAGGGUCUAGCUAUAAUCGCUAACAUCAUUGAGCAUAUCGCAAGGGUCACCAAGCGAGAUCCCAUUGAUGUAAGCUUGCAGAACGUAUCUGACGAUGACAAAGAAAGAGUCACCUCGAUGAUAGAUCAGAUUAAAAAAAGUUCCGACUACGAAGAUCGGCGAAAAGCUGUUGAUCUUUUCAAUAAGGUAGCACAAGUAGCAGCGAAUACUCUGGGAAUAGACAUGGGCACGAUAAGAGUCAAGCCAACGUACAACUUGACAUCGCCAAAUGACAGAUCCAGUGGGUCUAGUAUAACUAGUGAUUGCGUCACUAGCGCUACGAAAAUAGCGUGCGAAGAGCUUCUGAAAAGACUGCAACCUGUCAAGGACAGUCUAAACAACCCCACGUGGCAGGAUAUCACGCGCGCGGCUAUGACACAAAACGUCGACCUUUGCGCGACUCACAUGUACAACGUAAAGAAAGACUUACCAAAGAACUACUCCGUAUACGGCGUGACAGUCGCAGAAGUGGAAGUUGACGUUCUGACAAGCCAGCACAUAGUGCGCCGAGUUGACCAUCUCGAGGACACAGGCGUCAGCUGGAGCCCAGAAAUAGACGUCGGUCAAGUGCAGUAG